UUGGUCCGGUGCCGGGGCUUCGCUGAGCCGUGCGCGUCCCGGAGCCGGCCGUCUCAGGGAUGGACGAAACGAGCCCCCUGGUGUCCCCGGAGCGGGCCCACCCCCCGGACUAUACGUUCCCGUCGGGCCCGGGGACGGGCGCUCACUUCCCUCAGGUGCCAGGGGCCGUGGUGCGGGUGGUACCGCCGUCCGGCCUGGGGCCGUCGCCGCCCGGCUCCCCGGGCCGGGACCGGGAGCGGCAGCCUCUGCUGGAGCGGGGCCCGGGCGGGGCGCGGGGCGCGGCGGUCCAGGCGCAGGCCCAGGCCGUGGCGUCCCAGGCGCAGGCCCUGGCGUCCCAGGCCCACGCGGCGGCGCAGGCGGCGCAGGCCCAGCGGGAGCGGAACGAGUUCCCGGACGACCCCGAGUUCGCCGAAGUGGUGCGGCUGGCCGAGCUGGCGAGUGAGCGCGGCAUCUACCCCGAGCGCAUCUACCAGGGCUCCAGUGGCAGCUACUUCGUCAAGGACCCCCAGGGGAAAAUCAUUGGUGUCUUCAAACCCAAGAAUGAAGAGCCGUAUGGGCACCUUAACCCCAAGUGGACCAAAUGGCUACAGAAGCUGUGCUGUCCCUGCUGCUUUGGCCGUGAUUGUCUCGUUCUCAAUCAGGGCUAUCUCUCAGAGGCUGGGGCCAGUUUGGUGGACCAAAAACUGGAACUCAAUAUUGUACCCCGUACCAAGGUAGUAUACCUGGCCAGUGAGACCUUCAACUACAGUGCCAUUGACCGAGUGAAGUCCAGGGGGAAGCGACUUGCCCUAGAGAAAGUGCCAAAAGUUGGACAGCGGUUUAACAGAAUCGGGCUGCCACCCAAGGUCGGUUCAUUCCAGCUCUUUGUUGAAGGCUACAAGGAUGCUGACUUUUGGCUGCGACGAUUUGAAGCAGAUUCGCUGCCUGAGAACACUAAUCGACAGCUGCUAUUGCAAUUUGAGCGGUUGGUGGUACUAGAUUACAUCAUCCGAAACACUGAUAGAGGCAAUGACAAUUGGCUGAUCAAAUAUGACUGUCCGAUGGAUAAUUCCAGCUACCGGGACACAGACUGGGUGGUGGUGAAGGAGCCCGUUAUCAAACUGGCUGCCAUAGACAAUGGGCUGGCUUUCCCUCUGAAGCAUCCUGACUCCUGGAGGGCGUAUCCUUUUUAUUGGGCUUGGCUGCCCCAAGCCAAAAUUCCAUUUUCCCAGGAAAUCAAAGACCUGAUCCUUCCAAAGAUAUCGGAUCCUAACUUCAUCAAGGACCUGGAAGAGGACCUGUAUGAGCUCUUUAAGAAAGAUCCUGGUUUUGACAGGGGCCAGUUUCACAAGCAAAUCGCUGUCAUGAGGGGACAGAUUUUGAAUCUAACCCAGGCCCUGAAAGACAAUAAGAGUCCCCUUCAUCUAGUCCAGAUGCCACCUGUGAUUGUGGAGACAGCCCGGUCCCACCAACGGAGUGCCAGCGAGUCUUACACACAGAGCUUUCAGAGCCGGAAGCCCUUCUUCUCUUGGUGGUAGCCCUGCAGGCGAAUGAGAUGCUGUCUCAGACUUGGGGACUGGGAGGGAGCCUGGGGAGCAGCUUUUGAGAUAAGCCAGCGAAGCAGGUGGAAUCAUAGACUUGAGAGCCCUUCCCUUCUGGUAGAGCCAAAGAGCUUUGCAAAAUAUGGGGAGAAUAACCACCAGACAUUCUGGGGCAGUCUUAGGCCCUGGUGUUGCCUUUUAUAUUCUGGGUAAGGUCAGAAUUCUGCAGGGGAAUGAUAGGAGUACUAAGGAGGGAGCACCUCAUUUAACUUCACUCAGCUGCCGGUUUUGAAAUGCACCAUGCCAGAUAGCCUACUCUGUUGCAGUUCCCUAUCACUGGUUAUAUUCUGCAUCAGAAAAAAACACAACAAAACCCAAAACAUUAAACCCUAGCAGCAAUAUCCUAGCAUAACAUUAUCCCUCAAAAAGAUGUACACAAGAAGAUACCGGUUCAGAAAUAACCUUGGAUGAGUUCAGGAGCCUAGGUGCUCUGUAUACUCUUGUCCCAUGUACCAUGGAGGUGAGAGAUUGUGUCACAGUGCAUCAAAGUGGAUAGUAACUUCUGAGACCUUGAGCUGAAAAGACAUACCUUUCCUUUUAGUUUUCAUUUUGUCUUUUCCUGCCCACUAGGCCCCACUAGAAAGUUCCCUCUGUUCCUUUUCCACCUCACCAGUGACCUAUAGUCUGCUUCAAAAUCUACUGGCACAUUUGUAGUUUUAUGUUUCACAAAGUCUGUUUUAACUUUAGGUCCUUAGGCAGCUUUGCCUAAGCCUAUGUGGACCGUACUGGUUCUCAGCCCUGCUGUGGACCUGGCCUCUCCAGCUCAGGCCUUCUGUGCAACUGUGACUCAAGCAGAGGCAGUAGUGGUUAGACUUGUCAUUUUAAUAGGGAGGCACAUUCCCAGCAUUCAACUCUUCACAUGGCCUGAUGUAUGUACUGGGAGAUGUCAUCACCUUGUCUUUAUUAUUGCUUAAACUUAGUGGACCUUGCUUUGACUGGUCUGUCAUCCUUCUAUCCCAACCCCACUUUCUUGAGUGCUUGACCCUAGCAACUAAAGUAGACUUCCUUUCCCUCACCAAGCUUCAGUCUCAGCCCUCUAAUAUGUUCUUAAAUUUUAAAAUUCUUUCCAUGUUCUUUUCUCAGAGGACUCAGGUCCUUGAGAAAGCUGCAUAUCCUGCCAUUUGCUUCACCUUGCCUACAUUUCAUGCUUGGCCUUGGCUUUUAGAGGAAAGGUUUGAGUUCCUUUUACUGGCUGCUAGUGCCUGGUCCACCCCACUGCCCUGCUCCAAUUGUCCCCUCCUGAGGGAGAAGGUGUGGAGGUGCAAGAAACAAAAUAUGAAUUUUAUUUUAAUCUUUCAUUGUUUUCAUUGUGUAACAUGCUUUUCAGGGUGGGAAGGCAGUAAGUGUUGAUAGCAUUCUUUCCUUCUAUCUCUUUCCCUCCAUUAGACAGUUCUCCCCUUGCAUUUUGAGAAAGGCCGAAAAAGAAGGAGUCUUUCACUGCCUUCCCUGGUUCACCCAUCCUGCUUCCAGCAGUCCACCUUCAUGUGCCCGUUUUCCCCAGCUGCUGUCCUUGCCCAGGCCUAGGAUUCCUUUCCAUGCAAAGGCUCUUUGAUGGUACAGUGGACUGUUUGCCUUCUUUUUUUGAGGAUGGCACACCGUACUACUACAACUAUGUGGGUUUCAGCACCCUCCCUGUCAUGAACAGCAGAAUUAGCCUUGCAAAGAAAUGAUGUUGAUGGUUUGACCAGUAACCAAAGAAGGGAGUGCCCUCAGCUUGUCCAGUUUCUUCUGCAGAAGCAAGGCAGUGGUGAAGAUUAUCUCUCCUCCUUGGCCUUUAUGUUCUAGGAAGAACCAGCCUGCCACAGGAUUUUUGUUCUCUGUUAGGAAGAGUAUGCAAGUCUAUCUGCAUGGCCCCAAGGACAGGGACGACCUAGCUCUCUAGCACUGACAAUCCCAAUCAGCAAUUCUGCCCUGAUUCUCAGGCUGGGUGACACACAUUUGAAAAUAAGUGACCUAUACUGCAAAGGCGGGUGAUUCCCAUAGAGACUAGAGGUCUCUAUUGCUGACUUGCCCAAUUCUGUGGAAACUAGGACCACGUUCCAAACUCUCUACAGAGGUAAAAAGGCCUUCUGGAGGAAAGUGAGCUUUGCCUAUGGUGUGUAUAUAUGUUUAUGGAUACAUACACAUGCAUACGUAAAGUUUCCUCUUCCAGCCACCCUAGCCACUCCCCCAGGAGGAUGGGGAGAGUCCUUGAAGUUUUAAGAUGGGGAUGGUUAAAUCCUUAAAUUGUUGCUCCUGUUUAAGAUGAGCAGAGGAUCAGAAGGAAAUUGAGACUGGGGAGGGAGGGAGUUCCUGUGCCCCAGCAGUGAUAUGAAUGUAGGGUCCCUUCCAGUCCCUAGUGACUAUAAGUUUUGGAGGCUGGAUUCAGGUUGCCCUGAAUGAACUAGAAGGAACCAGAGAUUGAGCGGAGUCUUCUGAAUAGAAUGGAGCAAACUGACUCUUUUUUGCUGACAAGGGACUUCCCCCCAGCACUGAGGAGAAAAGAAUUGCAGUCCUGGUUACUCUGAUUGCUGCUGCCCCCAUGUCUUGUUCUAAUGCACUGUAGACACUGUAUGUAAUGUAUUUAUAACAAUGCAAAUGUACAAUAAUAUGAAUUCAGUUCCAGCCUU